CGGGCGGAAGUUGGAGCCUGUUUGCCACGGGAAGCUGGAGCGGGCGCUGCGGAGCUCGCGCCGUGGGACCCGUGGUCGGCGCGCUUACUCAGCCCACCUCCUCACUCUGCGCCGGCUGCCAUGAAAGACACGCUGGUGCUGCUGGGCCGUGUUCCGGCGCACCCGGACUCCCGCUGCUGGUUCCUGGCCUGGAACCCCGCUGGGACCCUGCUGGCCUCGUGCGGUGGUGACCGUCGAAUCCGUAUCUGGGGCACCGAGGGUGACAGCUGGGUCUGCAAGUCUGUCCUUUCCGAAGGCCAUCAGCGCACUGUCCGAAAGGUAGCCUGGUCUCCCUGUGGGAAUUACCUAGCCUCUGCCAGCUUUGAUGCAACCACUUGCAUUUGGAAGAAGAACCAGGAUGACUUCGAGUGUGUAACCACUCUUGAGGGCCAUGAAAAUGAGGUUAAGUCCGUGGCUUGGGCCCCGUCUGGCAACCUUUUGGCCACUUGUAGCCGAGAUAAGAGCGUGUGGGUCUGGGAAGUUGAUGAAGAAGAUGAAUAUGAAUGUGUCAGUGUCCUCAACUCCCAUACACAGGAUGUCAAGCAUGUGGUUUGGCACCCAAGCCAGGAGCUGUUGGCCUCUGCCAGUUAUGAUGACACAGUGAAGCUGUACCGGGAAGAAGAAGAUGACUGGAUAUGCUUUGCCACCCUUGAGGGCCACGAAUCCACUGUGUGGAGCUUGGCUUUUGACCCCAGUGGCCAGCGUCUGGCGUCUUGCAGUGAUGACCGUACCGUGCGCAUCUGGCGCCAGUAUCUACCAGGCAACGAACAAGGGGUGGCAUGCAGCGGCUCUGACCCCAGCUGGAAAUGCAUCUGCACUCUAUCGGGCUUCCACUCCAGGACCAUUUACGACAUCGCUUGGUGUCAGCUGACAGGGGCCCUGGCUACCGCUUGUGGGGACGAUGCCAUCCGCGUGUUUGAGGAGGAUCCUAGCUCAGAUCUGCAGCAGCCCACCUUCUCCCUGACUGCCCACUUGUGCCAAGCCCAUUCCCAAGACGUCAACUGUGUAGCCUGGAACCCCAAGGAGCCAGGGCUCCUGGCCUCCUGCAGUGAUGAUGGGGAGGUGGCCUUCUGGAAAUAUCAGCGGCCCGAAGGACCCUGAGCCUCCUUGACAGGACAGUCCUGGUUUCCUGGAAAUGUCCUAAGACUUUCCCAGCCUGAGAAGACCUGGAGAAGCAUCUGUGACUUUCAUUCAGCUUGGCUCACUUCUAUUCAGACUUGGCUACCCACAUAUAGAGCCCUUAGGGCUACUUACUCUUUCCCUCUGACAUGAGGGCCUCAGUGGAGCCUCAGACCUUCAGGACAUUGUUCUGCCAUAGAUUUUGCUUGCUCUAGGACAUGGUGUUAUACUUUGUGCGUGAGGGGGUGAAUAUAGUAUUUAUAAUUACUAUGCAUAUGUAGGAGUGUGUCUCAGCCCUUUCUCAAAUUGUAAGCUUUAUGGAAAUAAUCCAUCUUAAUCCAAAGUCCUGUUUAUAGAGACACUCAGUUUUUUAGAGUUCCAUCCUGAAUUGUCUGAAAUAGGCCUUGCAUUCUCAAUUUCUAGAUAAAUUCUUGCACUUAAGACAUUUAAUGUUGAAGGAACUUUUUUUUUCUUAGUGGAGGUUUAUGUAGAAUAAAGGGACACCUCUGCUUUCCCUUAGAAGCCCUUGCAUACUGCCCACACCAUUACACUGUGAGGACAACUGGGGGUGUGAGAGAAUAAAUGGAGAAAGACAUGAGGCCCAAAAGGGAAUUACUACCGGCCACAGGCUAUAUCUUAGCAGAUUGGUUCUUCCAUGGGGCCCAGAAACAUGAGAUGGAAGCUCAUGGCCCUCUGAAGGACCAUGGCACAGACGUCACCAUGCGUCUGUGGCGUCUAUUUUUAAGGUAGAGAAUAAGUAGAAAAUGAUGCCUGUCAAGGUCCCUUAGGGGAGCCAUCACAGAGCAGUGUGGAAGUGCUAUCUGUGUAAUCAGGUCUUCAGUAUCAACUUUUGGUGUGGGGGGGUUACCGGGGAUAGAACUUGGGACCUUGUGCUUGUGAGGCAGGCGCCAGAACCACUGAGCUAAAUCCCUGGCCCUUCAACUUGUCUUCUGAAAAAUGGCUGGGGAGAGGGUGUCUCCAAGGCAACAGCUUUCACUUCAUUUUCUGCCCUGUAGGAAUCAUGUCCUUAGACUGGAGAGAGCUGGCCCAGCAUCUGGAGUAAUGGUUCUCAUGAACCCCAGAUCCCUGGCAUCCUGAGGCCCAUUUGGGGUGGCACUGGGGUGAUCAAGGCCAUGACAAAUUAAUUAGUAGUCCGAGACUUUACUGCCUCGCAUGUACAGUAGAAACAUUGCCAGCUUCCUUGACCAUGUCCUUGACAAGCAGUACCUGAUUAAUAAAUGUUGAGCCUGAACAUCUCUAGUACACUGAGAAAAUAAGGACCACUGACACUUCUGCAAAGAUGAAUGGAAAAGCAGGUGUACAGCAGAGUCAAAGAUGAGUUAGCUAUGCCCUUUUUACUAGAGAGAACAAAUGGUAUUCAGACUUGGCUCUGGUUGACCUUUUCUGGAAAAUGAGCAGAAGGAACCUUUCACCAAUAAGUGUUCACUGCCAAUGAUAAAAUCCAAGCUUAAAAGCCAAAAUUAGAAUUUCUGAGGGGCCAGGAAUUUAGCUCAGUGGUUCCGCCACCUGCCUCCCAAGCACAAGGUCCCAAGUUCAAUCUCUGGUACCCCCCCAAAAAAAUUUUUUUAAAAGCUAUGUCACCACCAUGAGCUUUGCUGGUGGUGAUAUUCAUGAAUGUGACUUGUGAAUAAUGAAAUGCAUUGACAUUUGGAGGAUUACUUAAUUCAGUGAAUCAACAUUUUCCAAAUAAUCAGUUAAAAAAUCAGGCAAGAGAUUCACUCAAAGUCUGAGGCCAGUGGGUUCAGUUAACAGUACAAGGUGCACAGGUAAAGUUUUAGAUUCCAUCAUUGCCUUUAAGUAACUACCUUGUGUAGUCUUGGUGUAGUAUCCAAGGACAGCCACAGUUAGCUGAAAUGGCUACUUAAAAACUCCCUUUUGGGCCACGGAUUUAGCUCAGUGGUUCUGCUGCUGGCCUCGCAAGCACAAGGUCCCAAGUUUGAUCCCUGGUACCAAAAAAAAAAAAUCCCUUUUCCAGGCUGGGGAUUCAGCUCGGUGGUACUGCUGCCUGUCUAACAAGCACAAGGUCCUGAGUUCCAUCCUCUGUACCAAAAAAAACCAAAAAAACCUUUUCCAACUCUGUGAAAUCAAUUCAAGCCACAUCCAACAGAUUGACUGUACAAGCAGCUCUGAGAGCCUCAACUGUCUUAUGUUAAUCCAGACCUUAGCAUGACUGCAAAAUUGUUAACUACUCUUCUCCCUGGAUUGGUUUUGGAAGUUAUUUUUCAAAAAAGAUGUUAACAUAAAGUUUUAACAUAGUACCUAUAUAAUGUAGAUAAUAAAAGAUUUGGAGUCUUAA